CUCAUGAAAACACUGAAAAAAAGGACAAGAUCUUUAUCUCAUCCAUUAAAAGUCAUGAGGCAGGCCAGUACUGGUGUUAUUAUAAAAGCCCUAAUGGAACAUCAGAACACAGUGACCCCCUGGAGCUGGUGGUGACAGGUGUCUACACCAAACCCACCUUGUAUGCACUGCCAUACCCUGUUGUAACCUUAGGAGGAUCUGUGGCCCUCUCAUGUAUCUCACAUCAGAGAUAUGAUGGGUUCAUUUUAAUUAAGAACGAGCACUUCUACAGCUCCAUUGGCUCACAAUAUGUAUAUACUGGUCGGUCUUCAGCCAGAUUCCAAGUGAGUCCCACCACACUCAGUGAAAGAUGGAGUUUCAAAUGCUAUGGCUAUUACUCAGGAGAGCCUCAAGUGUGGUCAGAAGGCAGUGACAUCCUGGAGCUUCUAAUCUCAGGGACCUUCCACAAACCCAGCAUCUGGGCUGAGCCAGGCUCUGUGAUCACCUCAGGGAAUCCUGUGACAAUCUGGUGUGUGGGAACCAUGGAAACUCAAAUAUAUUUCCUGUAUAAAGAAGGAAGCCCAGCACCCUUGGACAGAUUGACUGCACCAGUGCCUGAUCACAGGGCCAAGUUUUCUAUUCCAUCCAUGACAGAGCAUAAUGCAGGACGAUAUCGUUGUUACUGUUAUAACUAUGCUUGGUGGACACAGCAUAGUGACCCCCUCGAUCUGGUGGUGACAGAUGUCUACAGCAAACCCACCCUGUCUGCACUGCCGAACCCUGUUGUAACCUUAGGAGGAUCUGUGACCCUCUCAUGUAACUCAAAUCAAGGAUUUGACACGUUCAUUUUAAUUAAGGACAAGCAGUUCUACAGUUCCAUGAAUUCAUCACAAUAUGUAUAUACUGGCCUGUCUCCAGCCAGAUUCCAAAUUGGUCCCAUCACACGUAGUGAAAGAUGGAGUUUCAGAUGCUAUGGCUAUUACUCAGGGGAGCCUCAUGUGUUGUCAAAAGGGAGUGACAUCCUGGAGCUUCUUGUCUCAGGAUCUGCUGAGAACAUCACUAUAUCACAAAACAUGUCCAAAACAAACACAGACUCAGAGACACAGGAUCAUCACACAGUGGAGAAUCUGCUCAGAAUGGGGAUGGCGGCCUUAGUCCUUGUGGUCCUUGGGAUACUGGUGUUUGAUGCUUGUCACAGCUGUAGACAUGAUCAACACAGAAAUGGACUAUGAAUGGGAAGUACAGCAACACAUCUUUUGCAGUGUCAUGGACUAGACACUAAGUAUGGGGAUUCAGGGUGGAUUUGUAAGAAAAUACAGUUGCUCAUGUUGGAGAACUGACUAGGGGUCAAUGUGAAUUGAGUGCAAGGGAAAUAAAUGUCUGUUUAUUGGGAUGGAGAUUACUUUCUCCACCAAUCUAAAUUAUUCCCUUACAUCUUGCUGUGGAAUUUGCUGACCAGUGCCUCCUUUCUUCUCACCUAAUGACUUGGGGGAACAUUCUGUACUAUCAACUAGGGUUGUCUCCUUAUCUAUACACUUAUUCUGCUUUGUCUUACUUUCAUGUAACUUUCUAUUAUUUUAGAUUACUAUGUUCCCAUCAACAUUACAAACUUCAGGUUCUUUUCUACUGAGAGCAAAGUACUAAACUGAGUUACAAUAAACAUCAGCAGAAAUAAACCACCAGGAUAAAAAAUAAAUCACUUUAUUCAAAUGA